AUGGAGACCGAGUCUGUUUAUGUGGCGGACACAGCCACGGCUGCAGAUUGCAAUGAGCGAGCAGAAGCCCGUGGCGAGAAGAUUGGACGUAAUCCGGUCCGUCCCCAGCUGCAAAUGUUCAAGUACCUGUACUACGCGCCUGCGCGCAAGCCGAUCAGAAUUGGAACAAGCCAGGAGUUUGUGCCAAUCACUAACACCAGGGAAGUGGGGUUCUACCGCAAGAAGCUCUGCUUGCAAAACCUGGAGUUCAGCGCCUCCGACCGCACGCUUUUGGCAGACUACCACACCAACGACUCCGAGAAGCGCAGCCGCGUGCUUUCCGUUCUGCUCAAGUAUUACAACACUGUGUGUGCCCGUGUGGCCAAGACCGCGUUCACCACUGACCGCAACGGCCAUCAGAGCCCCUUUCCCCGCGAGGUCUCCUCUGAAACCCUGGGUGACUAUGCCCGCAACGUCUGUGUUUUCAUAUAUCUGGACGACGUCUACGCGCAGUUCAGUUUUGCGGGGAACUUCCCCAGACCCACCGACACCAUUUCCGUGUUUGAAGAGCCGCUGGCCGACGAGCUGUUUCUGAAAAAGGCACGUUACUUCCGCGAGAUCCUCACAGACGACCGCCACACCGCUUACUUUACCCACCUCUGCCAGCUGGCGGCCGUGGACAUCCGCAAAGUGACCUCCGAAAAGGUCGAGUUUCUCUCUGUCUUUCAAUACCGCUACGUCCUUGACGCCAUCAAGGCGUGGACAACGUAUGCCGCGCUGUAUCCGCAAGCGGCAACAACCAUUAGCGAUAUAACAGCCCUGUUUGUGGAAAAGAAGGCUCAGGUGUGGCGGUGGGUCACUACCACAUACUCUCUGCUG